CUUCUGCUCCAUUGACAAUGGCGGCUCUCGGCGUGGGUCUGUUGACUCUGUUACCCGUGUGUGCUCGGAGAAGUCCAGUCCUGCGUCCUAUCCACAGGCUUCUCAGUCGUCCAGGAACUGUGGCCGCAGACGUAAGGAGAGAAGAGCAGUCGUCGGGGAGCGUGGAGACAGGCUCUGAAGACCAAACUCCCAAAAAGAGGUUCUCUGAGGUGCAGAAAGAAAGACGAGAACAGGCACAGCGGACUGUUUUAAUACAUUGCCCAAGUAAAAUCAGUGAAAAAAAGUUUCUCAAAUAUUUAUCCCAACAUGGACCUAUUCAUAAUCAUUUCUUCUAUGAAAGCUUUGGGCUUUAUGCUGUUGUGGAGUUUUGUCAGAAGGAGAGUGUGGCUUCGCUGCAGAGUGUGACUCGUACCCCGGGCCUGGGCACGGAGGCUGCCAUUCCGUUCCGGUCACGGUGCUUCAGUUUGAAGCUGAGGAGUCCCUCAGGCCAGCCCUCGGAGCCGGCGCGUGUGCCGUGUAACAGUCAGUCGCCUCCCUCAAGCAAGAAGCUUUUUGAAUUACUCUGUUAUGCAGAAAGUAUAGAUGAUCAGCUGGACACCCUCUUGAAGGCAUCCCAGCUGACGGAGGAGAACACCAGGCUGCGCUACCUCACCUGCUCCCUUAUUGAAGACGUGGCGGGCGCCUAUUUUCCAGACUGUGCCGUCAGGCCCUUCGGCUCUUCGGUGAACAGUUUUGGGAAAUUAGGAUGUGAUUUGGACAUGUUUUUGGAUCUAGAUGAAAUAGGAAAAUUCAGCGCUCACAAGACCUCUGGAAAUUUUCUGAUGGAAUUUCAAGUGAAAAAUGUUCCUUCAGAAAGAAUUGCAACUCAGAAGAUCCUCUCUGUGAUAGGAGAAUGCCUGGACCAGUUUGGCCCUGGUUGUGUGGGUGUACAAAAAAUAUUAAAUGCUCGGUGUCCACUUGUAAGAUUCUCACACCAGGCCUCGGGAUUUCAGUGCGAUUUGACUACUAACAAUAGGAUUGCCUUGAAAAGUUCUGAACUCCUUUAUAUCUAUGGUGCCCUGGACUCUCGAGUGAGAGCCUUGGUGUUCAGUGUCCGAUGUUGGGCUCGAGCCCAUUCGUUAACGAGUAGUAUUCCUGGUGCUUGGAUUACAAAUUUCUCCCUUACAAUGAUGGUCAUCUUUUUUCUCCAGAGGAGAUCACCCCCUAUUCUUCCAACCCUGGACUACCUGGAAAACCUUGCAGAUGCAGAAGAUAAAUGUAUAAUAGAAGGCCACAACUGUACAUUUAUUCGUGACCUGAACAGAAUUAAACCUUCGGAAAACACAGAAACACUAGAAUUACUACUGAAAGAAUUUUUUGAAUAUUUUGGAAAUUUCGCUUUCAAUAAAAAUUCCAUAAAUAUUCGACAGGGAAGGGAACAAAACAAACCUGAAUCUUCUCCGCUGCACAUUCAGAAUCCUUUUGAAACUUCUCUCAACAUCAGCAAAAAUGUAACUCAAAGCCAGCUGCAGAAAUUUGUGGAUCUGGCCAGAGAGAGCGCCUGGAUUUUACAUCAGCAAGAUAAAGAUCGCCCUUCCCCGUCAGGGAAUCAGCCCUGGGGGCUGGCGACCCUGCUGCUCCCCUCUGUAACAAAUAGUUUGUCUCUUGCCAAGAAGAAGAGGAAGAAGCCUGCAAGUGAAAGAAUUAAAAACUUGUUGGAAUCCAUAAAAAGUAGCGGUGCAGAAGGUCCCACGGACACCAAUGGGAAAAGGACAGUUAGUACUCAGGCCUGAUGGCUGCACCGUGGCUGCAAGAACUGGCUUCCUCCUAUGAAAUGAUCUUUGGACUGCCUUCACAGAUGUCAGCUGCGUCUGGUGUUGCUUUCCUGAUCUUCUCAUUGCGCCCUUGACUUGGUCUGACAUCCCGGGACAUUUUCAGUCUCAGCAGUCUGGUACCCGGUGGCGUUUUUUUAGAACGCAGCCAUGAGGAACAGGUGAAGGAGGAUCAUAAAUUGAUAAACUAUACAAAGCGAAUGGUAAAAAUCAGUUUUAGACUCAAACCAUUGUUGAUAUCCACAUCAGUCCCUGCGUAGAAAUCCUUUGAAAGAACUUUAGGUAUACGUGUGUAGGCAGUGAAGACAAUAAACCCUCACAGUUUGGUAGUACCCUU